UGCCAUGGGUCAUCUAUGCAUGAGGACUUAGUGAUCAAUCCAUAUUGAUUCAUUAUGCCGUACCAGAGGAGUAGCAGUGUCCAUUCCAAUGGCUAUUCAACAGAUGGUCGAACUAAUGAGAUCAGUAGUGGUUCUAAGGAACCUGCCCCAACAUAUCUCAUGGAACAUCUUGCUACUUUUACUGUCUCGAAAGAAACUGGAAUAGUCUACCCAGAAGAUGGCAUGAGACGCCUGCACCAGCUAGAAAAAUCAAAUGGAAUAUGGUCGCAAAAAAUGCAGCUUCGGCUGGAUCAAAAUUGGGUCCUUAUUAUGGAUUUUGAAUCUGGGGAUGUCAUGGAAAGAUUUCCAGUCAAUUUGAUUCAAGAGCCUACAGCCUUUACCAGCAAUGACCCCAUGGAAAUUUAUAACAACAUUCUAGUUUUCAUUGUUGGAGAUGAAAAGACAAGCAAUUCUCGUUCAGAAAUGCAUAUCUUUCAAGGUCAGAGCAUUUCAGCACAGGAGCUUGUUGAGGACCUGAAGCUAUUGCGAAGUGGAAAAACCCCCACAGCUAGACGCUCAAGGCAUAUACCUCCUCCUCCACCAACACCUCCACCAGAACCUCCUCUGAAUGGAGUCAGUGUCCGAGAGCAAGUGAAUGCUUUUAAUGCGGCUUCUCACAGAGAAGAACCAUUGACUCCACGUGGAUUACUGGGUGAGAGGAGUGAAAGAGGUGCUAGAGAUCCAGCUACACUGUCACUUAAUGAUGAAACAAGUUCCACAUCCAGCGAAAAAUAUGAAAGAGAUGUCACCAUACUAAAUCAUUGUUUUGAUGACAUUGAAAAGUUUAUUGCUCGGCUUCAACAUGCUGCUGCUGCAUCAAGAGAAUUAGAGCGUCGACGAAAGAACCGGAAAUCCAAGAAAAAAGAUAUGGGUGAUGGAAUGCUUACAAUGAGAGCCAAGCCACCCCCAGAGGUUGAAUUUGUUGAUAUAUUUCAGAAAUUUAAGUUGUCAUUUAAUUUGUUGGCCAAACUGAAAGCUCACAUUCAUGAUCCCAAUGCACCAGAGCUAGUUCAUUUUCUAUUUACGCCUCUUGCUCUAAUUGUUGAUGCAUCCCAUGAUACUCACUAUGGUCCCAACCUCCCCGCCAAAGUGGUUUCUCCACUCCUUACUAGAGAGGCAGUGAAUUUACUUGUCAAUUGUGUCACAAGCAAGGAAACUGAAUUAUGGCAAUCCCUUGGAGAUGCAUGGCUUGUACCCAGGGAUCAGUGGAAGGGCUAUGUUUCCCCAUACCACCCAUUGUUCAUGGAUGGCUGGUCUCCAGAGUUUCCAGUACUGGAUGAUAGGGAUCAUGCAUCCUCUUCUGUAGAUGCCAAGAGAACACAUGCUGAGGAAAUACGAGCAGCACAACAAGAGGCUGACUACGGACGUGAUAAUGAGCCUCAUUAUGGUAGUGACUACUUUGAUGAUGAGCUGGAAGCUGUGCCAAACGAUUCUUCGCGUUUCUACAGAGAUCGGCCAGAACGAUACAGUCGAGAUGAGAGGGAACGUUCCCAAAGCCCUGGUAGCUCUGACAGAGACUAUCCUUCUGGUCCCCCACUCCCACAUAGGGACAUCACGGCCCGUAGCGAUAUUUCCGCUGACUCCAUUGAACGAAAUGGAAGUGUACCAGUUGGGCCACCGAUUGCCAGUGGACCAGGCCAUGUGGGACCAGACAGCCAACAAAGGUUUGAGAGGGCUCAAUUGAGGUGGCUGCAGGACUUGAAGGCACAGGGUGCUAAGGUGGUACAGGUCACAUACCCACGAACAGCCAACAAUGACAAGGAACUCACUGUAAUCCGUGGGGAGUACUUAGAAAUUUUAGAUGACAGUCGGAAAUGGUGGAAAGCACGCAAUAGUCGUGGCCAGAUUGCUCAUGUCCCCCACACCAUUGUAACACCACCUGCUGCCGAAGUAAGUGAAGUGUUUAGCAACCCUGUUUACGCCCCAAGAUAUGACCGCACAGAUCGAGAUGGGAGUUCACCUUCAGCCGCUGCACCAUCCACACCUGAAUGGCAGGCGAAAGGAAGACAAGGCAAAAAAGCGCUCUUCGGGGAGGCCGCCCCCACGCCACCGACGCCACCCCCGAUGCCCCCCGCGCAGGGCUUGAAGCCCGCGAGGCCGCCGCUGCAAAUCGUCGAGAGGCAGACCAGCAUCCCGAACAGCAUCUCCAGGUCCGUGAGCAUCAACAGCACUUCCACCAUCACCUCGGAAGUGCCUUCUACCCCCACCACGCCGUACUCACCCUUGAGCAACGGCUCCGACUUCGGCAUUAUGUCCAACGCAGAGUUGCUCCAAGCGGAGAUUCGCAUGCGGCUCGCCAACGGACCCAAGAAGCUCGCCAUCCCCCGCACCCCCGAUAUCCCGCUCAAGGAGAGCGCCACCAAGGAGGAGGUGACCGAGUGGCUGAGGGCGAAGGGUUUCAAGGACGAAGUGGUGAUGCGCCUGGCUGGGCUGGAGGGCAAGACACUGCUCGCCCUCAAGAAGAGUGACCUCGUGAAGCUACUCGAAGGGCACGUGGACCAGAAGCAGAUCUGGCUCCUCGACUCCAAGCUCAAAAUUCAGCGGUCUUCUAAUCCGUUCAACACCGGCCGCACCAAGGAGUUUGAGGCAGUUCUGCGUAAGGCGCGCGCCAAGGUUGAGGUCGUGGAGGAGGAUGAGAGUGAGGCGAGCGGCGAGUCCACGACCUGCUAGGCUAGCCGCUGACUGUCGGCUGCUCACCGAACAAUGACUGUGAUUUGGUUCUGGUCGAAGUGACACGGUCACUAUGUCUCUGUGUUAUCUUAUUGUUUGAUUAAAGAAAUGGUGCAUUCA